AUGAUUUUUCAACCUCGAUUUAAACAUAGACAACCAACACGUGAUAGUACAUUGUUUAAUAAACCAGAACAAAUCUUCGAUUAUGAUGAAAGUACUUUCCGAGAUGAUUCAGGAAAAGAAAAAGUAGUUGUUGGUUGUGAUACUAAAUAUGCAAAUAAAAUUCAUGCUGGUAGUGAGGUGAUUCCUCUGAUCUCCGUUGGUUCUCCUUUACCACUACGUGUCGAUCAUUUUCAUUCACCACCUGCAGGUGGUAGUGGUAUAACAAUGAUGCGUCAAAGCCGAUCAUUUGACCGUAUUCAACCGGUGGGCAAAGAUGAUGAAACAGGCGAAGCAUUAUCGCAACGUGACGAUGAUAAACCUGAAGUUAUCCGCGAUCGAUUGAAUACAUAUGAUAAAAAUACAAAUCCAAUUGCUGAAUUUUACAAAAAAAAGAACAUUCUUCAAGAAUUCCAUGGACGUGAAAGUGAUAAAAUAUGGCCUGAAGUUAAAAAAUAUCUUGAUCGUGUUCUUAAUGAACCACCAGCACGAAAACAAGGUGCCUAA